GCGGGGCUCUUCCUCCUCUCAUCUCCCAUCUCCCACAUCUACUACUGAUAAACCUUCCCCCCUCAUCCUACCGGGCUCUUCCUCCUCUUCCAAGGCAGAAGCGACAUCUACGUACUCAAUCACGCAUCGACAAGUAGUGACUCGCCGAUCUACAGGCAGCCUGAUCCAGCGAGGAGCGAGGCUCUAUUCGCGACCAGCAUUGACCAGGGCAAAAAAACAUGGAAAUCGUGACGGGGGCACUGCCAAGCGUCAUCGAGAAGCUCGCUGGUCUGGCGGCCGGCGAGUACAAUCUGCAGAAAGGGCUGAAGGGGGAGAUCAAGUUCCUGCAAGAAGAGCUUGAGAGCAUGAAGGGUGCGCUGGAGGACAUCUCAAGGACUCCGGCAGACCAGCUUCCCAAUAAUGACAAGAUUUGGUCCAGGAAUGUGAGGGAGUUUUCCUAUGACAUAGAGGAUAGUAUUGACACAUUUAUGGUGCAAUGCAACGGCAAAAGGCUGGGCACACAGCAUGGGCUCAAAAAGGUCAUUGAUAGGAGCCUCCACCUGUUGAUGCAGCCAAAGGUUCGCCAUAGGAUUGCUAAAGAAGUCAGAGGGAUCAAGAGUCGCGUCAUGGAGGUGCACGAGCGGCGGCCCCGGUAUGAGGUCAGCCAUGGUGUUGAUAAACCUGUUAGUGUUGACCUUCGUUUAUUCACUCAGUACUACACCGAGGUGAAAGAGCUUGUUGGGAUUGAUGAGGCAAGGGAUGAGUUCAUCAAUAAUUGUUUGACAAAAGAGAAUAACGUUCCCAUGAAGCAAGGGAAGAUAGUUUCAAUAGUUGGAUUUGGAGGCCUGGGAAAGACAACUCUUGCUAAUGCAGUUCAUAAAAAGAUCAGAUUAUAAUUUUUGUAAUACAAUUGUCCAAAUCCCACUAACAUAUG